UUCCUUAAACUUGAAGACUCAACAGUCAUUAUUCCAAAACAUAUGCACUUCAAGUGUAAAUCACCAAAUAGUUUCACGUUUUGGGAGUUCUGCAUCUCUUCGCCAGUAAAUGAAGCAGCCGCACCUUAGAGCAGGAUUUGAAACCCUAAUCAUGUCGCGGGUUGCUAAUGAAGAUUUUCAGCACAUUCUUCGUGUUCAAAACACGAAUGUCGACGGGAAACAGAAGAUCAUGUUCGCUAUGACAUCAAUCAAAGGUAUCGGUCGUCGUUUUGCUAACAUUGCCUGCAAGAAAGCCGAUAUCGACAUGAGCAAGAGGGCUGGUGAACUCACUGCUGCUGAACUCGAUAGCUUGAUGGUGAAGACCGAUGAAUCUUUGAUGCUAUCACGACGUGGGAUCCAUAUCGAACCCGGGGCUCGCGAGAAGGCUCUCUUGGCAGCGGAUCCCUUCUUGAAACGCUUUAAAUCACAUAAACAGAGUGUGCGAAUCCUCAAAAGGGUGGGAGAUGUUCUAACUAUUGUUGUAGUAGCAGGAUGUUGUUAUGAGAUAUAUGUGAGAGCUGUUAUGCGGGAAGAAGCAAGGAAGAUGGCAGAAGGAAGCACAUAAUGCAUAGCAUUCUGCUUUUGCAUUUCUUGACUGCCUUAAUUCUCCAAAACAUGGGGAGAAUGGGAUAAUGAAGGUCCAUUAUCUUGAUACUAAGUACAUGAAAAUCGUGUUUUGACUUUUGUUUGGGUUGGUGAUAUGAAAAUAAGAUGGCUCCAAACAGUUGAGGCUGCAUUCAACACCAAGAACUUUGCAUGCAAAUUUUGGUUUUAUUUGAACUUAAUGUUUGAAUGCUCUAAAAUGUAUGUGGUUCCUGGUGAGAUUUUCUCACCUUCAAUUAUGAUGCUUUCAUUUAAUGUUUCCGUCGCUAAAGAAGGCCUUACCUUCAGAUCUUGGAAGUAAUUUUGGUUUUUGGAUGCACCAAUGCAACUGCCUAUGUAUUACUAUUCUGCUAAUUGUAAUGUUUGUCGCAUCUGUGCUAGUGAAUGAUGCUAAA